AUGUGCGGGUGGUAGGGACGCCAAGGCGCGUACGAAAGCGUUGUUGUCCCGGCUGAGUUUGUUUUGAAUGGGAGAUCACCAGUUCUGACGCCCUCUUCAGCUCAGAAUCUACUCCCAGGUACUCACAAGCUUAUCAAUAGACAACAUCUCCACGCACAGAGAGGCACAGAGAUCCUAAGGAACGAAGAAAACCAUGCCCGUGAGGUUCAAGGGUCAUUCAGAAUAUGACACUAAUUACAAAUGGCUGGAGUCUCGCAAGUCAGCGGCAUACCAACCAACCAGGGAGGAGCUGGCCAGGGAGGCGGGGCUACGGUCCGCAGAGCUGGGCAUCCUUCAGGAACCACCUCUGCAGUCUAAGAAGCGCGUGGCUCCCCAACCCUCUGGCCCUCUUCAUGAACCAAAGCUGCAGUCAAAGAAGCGGGUGGAUCAAUCCCCCUCUGGUAUCCUGCAUGAACCCCAGAUGCAAGCCAAGAAGCGUGUGGGAACGUAUGCGCCAACCGUUCCGUUUGCGCUCGAGUGGGAGGACCCCCUCCAGCCACCUGACGUGGUGAUAUCCAAGGACCCACCUGUCACCGAGAAAGUGCGAGAGUCACUCGAGAAAAUGAAGACUUACAAGAUUGAAAAGAAGCUAAGGGAGAAGGAGAAGAGAAGGAGAGAGGAGAAGAGAAGGUUGGAAGAGAAGUAUGACCCGCCGACCCCACCAGCUCCACGGCCAGAUAAGACACGUGAGACUGAGAGGCCACGGGAGAGGCCGCGAGAGGAGAGAGUACCAGAGAGGAAGCCCACUAAAGAGAGAGGACAAGGAGACAAGGCAAGACAGAAACAGGGGGAUAGAAAGGAGGAGAAAGGUGGAAAAAAAGAUGAAGGGAAGGAGGAGAAGAAAGAGAAGCGGAACCGUGCCCUUGAGAUGAAGGCUGGUGUGAAGGCAGAUCGCAGGAAGAUUCCCACGAUGCUGUCUGAGUACCAGCGCCAGUUUUACGAGCAGCAGAAGCUGAAGGAUGAGUCGCCAGUGAUGGCAGCAGACCAGAUGGUGUAUAACUCCAACCCGGCGAUGGCUCCGUACCGCUCUGAUCUCAUCCCCCGCGCCACAGAGUACAACAGGCAGUUCAAGGUUCCCAAACGUGUGGCCGUGGCAGAGAGCGUGUCCAGCGACAGGAGCAGGGACAGGAGGAAGAAGUCUAAAUCCUCAAAAAAAGAGAGGAGGGCUAGAUCCCUCUCCCCGGAUCGGCUCCCACCGGCCGGCAAACCCACCGAGUUCAUGCCUGUAGUCUGGAACGAUCCUCGACCAAUCAAAAACUUUGGCUACCUGAAAAAGUCGCCCCACAAGCUAGAUAACCCACACCCCAAAAACUGGAAUUGGAGAUCAGAGUACCACUCCAACUACAAGUCGCCGACCAGUUUUGAGUACAGGGGCGGGACAUGGAGAGGUGCUGACCCACCACACCUACAGCCUAGAAAGGAGCCUGUCUUGGACAUACCUGCACAAAGUGAUAAUAAAGAAUGGUACAGUGAGGUCAUGGAGCUGCGUAAGAAAGCUGACGACUACCGCCGGCGCUCCCACGGGACACACUUCUCCCGCGACCAUCUCCUGCAGCUGAUGGCCCGGCAGAACGACAUGUGGGACCAGUCAGAGAGCGAGAGCACCGUGUCCGCCCUGUCACUGGCUUCAGAUCCUGUAGACAAGGGCCAUGCCAGAAGACAUCAGAGACCAUCAGAGCCACCCAAACGUUCAGCCCAUCCUGCUGAGAAGCCACGCCCACGUCACAGGUCAGUAUCCUCCUCACCUGAAGAAGAGAAACGACCAGUUCAGAGGAAGCUGGCGUGGGACGAGCAAGGGGGAGGGGACAGGGCAUCCAGGAACAGGGAUAGAAGGGAUGUAGUUGGCAGAAGAAGGGUACGGGUGGUGGAGGAUACAGACAGUGAAAGUGAACUCGGGAGUGAGUCUGUCACAAGCAUUGGCAGCAUCCCCAGCCAGGGGCGGGGCAGCCACGCCUCAGCGUCCUACAGUGAGAACACCUCCACGGCAACACUGAUAGAGGGCGAUGACGAUGACGGCAGGGUGGCCACCCCGGAGCUGAAGCAGGUCCACGCACCAGUCAGGAGGCAUCACUACGACAGAACCACACCUGCUAUUGGAGGUGCAUUGCUGGUGAAGUCUCCCCCUCCUGCCAGGAAACACACCAGUCCUGCCAAGACACAGCCAGCUCACAGGCCAAAGUCAGCCCCUGCCCCAAAGCCCUCUCGCCCUGCUGGGAAGACCUACCACGUAGCAGACAUGUACCGCAGCCUGUCCCCCACAGCCGGCCAGCCCACGCCUGACCCCUACCCUCUGCGGGAGGAUGGGUAUGCCCCGGGAUCUCCGAUGGAGCAGCGCUAUCCAGCCCGUAUCAGGACACAACCUGUCUCAGCGUCGGGACAGAAUGGCCGCCCCAUGACGCCACCACAUCUAGAUGACGAUCGAAUGUCUCUCAUCUCUGAACGGUCGGCCUCAAGCCUGUCCAUUGCAUCCUCUGUUCUGGAACGUGCACAGAAACGACGUGACCAGUUCUGGGGGAAGGGGGAGCAGGGAAGGUGAAGACGUCUCAGAAAAUUCAGCAGUAUCUCUUGACAGAUAGCCUUGUUGUCUGUUCUUGUCCAGGACCAUGCAUACAUGUAAGAUACAGUAUUGUCAUUCCACAGAAUCCACCAACGUUAUAUGCCUUGCUGCUUCAGUGUACACUUGCCAAAGCGGUGUAUCAGGUUCUGGUGAUACAUUUUAUAGAAGUGUGAACAGGUCUUCAAGACUGCGUACGGGUGUUGUUCUUUUAAAUUGAAAUAGUUGCAGGUAGAUUGCAGACACGUGCUGUACAAUACUGAUGUAUUUUUGGAAAUGAAAAUUGCCAGUUUGAGUCUUUGACAACAAAGUUCUGGUGUGCUGCUAAAGACUAAAAGAUUUAAAAGAUGUAUUUCAAUUUGCAGUGUAUCAUUUGUAGUCUUUUGUUGUAAUCGACUGCAAACUUUUUGUCAUUAAGUGUUCAGUAGGGUAUGGUGUUGAAAAGUAGAAAUAUAUCCUGUAUGGAAACGUGAAA